AUUGCUUACUUGCUCGAUUUAUGCACGAUGGUUUUUUUCAUUUGAAAUCAAAAUGAUCUACAUAUUGCGCAUCAGGUUAAGCUGAGCUGGGAAUAGGGAAUUGAAAUAGGAAUUAAUAGACGAUUGGAACUUUUUCUAAUACAAUAUGUGGGUAACUUCGACAUCAUUUAGUAAUUAUCGAGAGUUAUCAAGCCGGGUGAUGGGUGUUUUGAUGUGGUAUCUCCAAAUCGUUGCCAUAGUAACGGGAGUCCUAAGGAUGUAUCUUGUGGAAGGGCUGUCCCAAGAUUUGAUGACGGCAGAGCUCUUGCUGAAAAAGUACCUGCUGGAAAACUAUGAUCCGUUUGUACGUCCGGUGAAAAACGCAUCUGAACCCGUAGUGGUAACAAUGGACUUGGCAUUGACUCAAAUAGUGGACGUGAGGGAGAAACAGCAAACAAUCAUGUCAUCAGUUUGGCUUCGAUUCGCAUGGAACGAUUAUUUCAUGCGGUGGAAUGAAUCCAAAUAUGAAGGAGUUAAAACAGUCCACCUUAAACAAACAGAUGUGUGGACUCCAGACAUCACUCUUUACACUAGUGUCCCCACAAGUCAGUUUUCCGACUCAAAGGACUACUUAGUAAAGGUUACAAGUGACGGAAGCGCUUACUGGUAUAUUCCAACAAGGUUUGUCAGUACAUGCAAGAUGGAUGUUCAGAACUUCCCCUAUGACGUGCAGAACUGUAAACUAAAGUUUGGCUCCUGGGCGUACGUAAGCACGGAGCUAGACCUACAGAACAAAUCAGACUCGGUGGACUUGGCGGCGUAUGAAUCGAAUGGAGAAUGGGAGUUGAUGUCAGCUGAAGCGAUACGUCAUUCCAUAACGUACAACUGUUGUGCAGAACCUUACAUUGAUGUGACGUACUACAUCAAGAUCAAACGAAAGCCUCUUUAUUACACUUUCAACGUGGUCCUGCCAUGUGUGUUCAUUGUGAUCGUCACACCGUUUUCGUUCCUUUUGUCCCCGGGGUGUGGAGAGAGGAUUCAACUGAGUAUCACUCUAUUGUUAUCUCUAACAGUUUUCCUCCUGUUUGUUGCUGAACAACUACCAGUCCAAUCCGAGGACGUGCCAUUAGUUGCUCGAUAUUUCAUAGCUGCAAUGUUAGUGCUGGUAUUUUCAAACAUGGCCUCUAUCAUAUCAGUUCACCUUUACCACAGAGGUUCCAAAAGAGACAAGCUCCCACGAAUGGCGAAACUGUUAGCAAUUAAAAUGGCACGACUUGUGUGUAUGGCGGAUAGAUUUGAUGACGGUAUUGAUAAAAGUAGUCCUGACGAUGGCAAUGCGGAAUUAAAAAGAUACGAUCAUAAACUUGCAAAAGUUGAAAAUGGAAUGUGUCAUUCAACAACGAGGAGAAGGCGUUUAACGAGUCAAAAAUACAAGGAAGCCGGUAGCCUUGAUUCAGUGAGUGGAGAGUACAAUAUAGUUCAUUGCCCAGAAGAGUGCACCAUUGUACAACUGGUGUAUGAUAUAAACAGCCAUUUGGCUAACCUCCAUGAAUAUAAAGCAACGUCACAAAAAGUAGACGCUAUCAAAAGAGAAUGGAAGAUGGUUGCGAUCGUAUUGGACAGAUGCCUGUUGUUUUCAUCCGUUAUGUUGAUUAUGCUUAUUUUAUUGUGCUUUAUGAUUUAUAACCCGGAACAAGAUUGAUUCAUGCUUGCUGCGUUGUAAAAUAAUAUUCCACACUUUUAAGAGAUUUUGUGCGUAAUGUGUAGAAUUAUGGUCAUCUGGGAAUCAGUUUUCUCCAUUGUAGUUUUACUUGACAGAUUGAAAAGAUAUACGUAAAAAAUCAAUAACAUAUAUCAAACGUUUUAGUAACGCUUUAUUAUGCACCUUGUCUAGAUACUUUAACCUAAUUGGUUUUUAGCUGCUUGUAAUUUGGUCAUACCUGG